CCAGUGACACCAAGGAACAUCUCGUCGCGUGCUUAUUUCCUGUCUAGUAGUUGCUUUGCACAUCUUUGUAUCCUUACAUCUCUGUCGUUCUAAUCUACUAAACAUACAGUAUGGGUCUCAACUACUACGCCUCGUCGCCAACCGUGGUCCUGCCGCCCCAGCAACCCCAGGGUUACUUCUCCCACCACCAGAACACCGCCGCAUCACCAAUGGGUAAUUUCCGCCCCAAAUACCCUACUCCACCCUCGCUCAACUAUCUAGCCGCCGUUUCCAAUGCCACCGCUGGGCGCAAACGAUCCAUCGCCGACGUUGACGAGCCCGAGGAGAACCUACCCGUCGGAUCCAUCGUCACUCAAGCACCUGCGAAACCGAAGCCCGAGCCUGUGUAUGGCCCAGGUAUGACGCUCAUCUACCCUGGCGAGCCUGGCUAUGCAUUGGCUGCCGAGUCGCAAUCGGGCACUUGGUACGAAGAGAAGAUCGAAAAGGAAGAGAAGGCUGAAGCUGCUGCUCGCCCCAUUGCUAUAUCGCGCAAGUCGGUACGGAUGAGCCCGUCCGCCAAUGUCGAAGUCCCGUCCCUCAACGACAUGGAUGCUCAGAAGACCGAGGAGCUUAUUGACGACAAUGGUACCACUAUCAACAAACUCAUCUCGUCGCUCGGAGUGGGCUGGAAGAACGUCAUGUCCAACCCAAACCUCCGCGACGCUGCGCGCGCAUACUCGCGUGUCAUUGAACGCCAUUUCGACUUUACUGAUGUCCUCGUCAUGCUCGAGAAGGAAUCACUUAACGCAUACCUUGUUCGCGCGAAACAACACGGCGUCCAAGGCUACUGGCUGUUCUCGGACAGCCUGCAAUGGUGCCAGCUUGUCGGCUGGUCACUAGAGCGUACUGUGAACAACCUCAUGUUCGGUGCCACCCCUCGUGUCGAGGGCGAACGCAUCAACGCUCGUCAGCUCACUCCUUCUUCACCUGCAUCCACACCUGCUGCACAGCCUGCUGUCGAGAUUCCCUCGACUAACGCAGACGUCGAUGCAAUGGAGAUGUAACCCACAUCUUCUCUUCCCUCUCCCUUUUUUUUCCCAUCUCAUACUCGGCAACAAAAAUUUCUUCGGUUUUCAUCGUCGGUUGCAUUGAUCGACGAUUGUUUCUGUAUCGGGUUCUUUCUUCUACGGCAAAUCGGCGUCUGGCGGUGGAUACGAAUGGCUCACCGGAAGUGACUCCAUUUGACAUGUAUGAUAUUAUUAUGCUCACAUACG